AUGAAGGGCAUCGUGGCUGUUCUCUGGCUGGCCGUCAAGCGGGGGCUGUCCUUGAAUGUGGGUGGUGCAACCGAAGGUGGCAUCCACUUCAAUGCUGGCCCAGAGAACUCAGUAACGAAUGACGUCUCUGACGAUGCCGACUUAAAGGGAUGGAUUGCUCCAGAAAGUAUGGCUACUAUCGACAGGGAGGCGGCCGAUAGACAGAUGGCCCGGUCGGAAAGCUUAGAAGUGAUCGACGAGCUCGUCAACUCUCAGAGGUAUGCAGCGUACCCGAUGGAGAUCAGUGCAAUCUGCAUCCGCUUCGGCUUGAAUGCUCAAAGUUGCGCACGCGUUGAAGCAUAUUUAGGGCGCCUCGCUCAUAACCGUACGAAGCAGACAGUGAAGUUGCGCGGGUUCUUCUCGGGUACCAUCACUGCCAAGGCUAACGUCUUUGCGAUUGGCGUUCGCAGCAUGUGCGAGGCUCCCGCAGACAGUGCAUGCGAUAUCUACAGGCGAGACUUCUGCAAAGUCGUGACCGCUGCUUCUGGCAGGGCUCUCCUGGGCGACAAGGCUGCCCUUUUCAAAUUUGGUGACACAAGGGAUGCGCAUGCUUGCUACCCCACCUUUUAUAAGACUCGUCUUAUGAAGCUACGGGAUGAUAAUUACGUCCUCUUGGAUUUGAAUCAUGAUCGACACUGGGGUAUGGUGGGCCAGGUACCUGGUGCUGACGUUUCAUGGUCCCAGAAGAGGACACAACUCGUGUGGCGAGGGGCAUCAACAGGGAGGUGCGACGCGUAUUUCAAUAACACUCGCAUGAUGCUAGUCAGGAAGUACUUUCAUUCACAGGACCCCAGGAUCGAUGUCGGCUUCAGCGAAGCUCUUCAACACUGCGACGCAGCGCGAUCUUAUGUCAAGCCAGGCAUGUCCAUGCAGACGGUGCUUGCAGCAAAGUACGUUCUGGUUGCGCAGGGGAAUGACAAAGCAAGCGGCUUGAAUUGGGCAUUGGCUUCUAACUCUGUACCUUUCAUGGUAGAGCCGGACAUUGAAAGCUGGCUCUUGGAAUCAUCCUUAAAGGCUUGGGAACACUACAUUCCAAUCGAGCCAGAUUUCUCAGAUCUCGGGUCGCAGGUCGAAUGGGCAGUGCAGAACGAUGGCGAGGCAGAGCGCAUUGCCAAGGCGGGCAAAGACUACAUGCAGCAGUUCAAGAACAGGAAGACCGAGACGGACAUCGAGGCGGCUGUUCUCACGGCCUACCUUGACCGCAUGGACGUCAGAACGUCAAAGCUGAGCGGGGUAGUGGAUGGGCACCUCGAGAAAACUUGCCUGGAGACACCGUGA